AUGUCGGACUUCUUCCGCAGAGCAUCUGACGCGCUCCACCAUCGCCAGCGUCAAGGCUCAACCGACUCAACGGAUGCACCCAAGUCCCCUAACGCAGCAAAACCUCCCGAGCCAGAGCCACUCAAUCAAAAGUCUGAGUCUGCUCAGCCUGACUCUCACGUCAACGAGGCUUUUGCCGGUACAGCAACUGAUAAUGUUGCCCAUCCGAAGCAACGCCGUCAUUGGGGCUGGGGACAUUACCACGUAAAUGGCCCCGAGGCAAAGCAGCAAUCUAGCCAGGAGCAAAAAGACGAUACUGACUGGGUUGUUGGGUCGUAG